GUGUGUGGGGGGCAGAAGGUUGCCUGCGCUCUGUGGGCGACAGAUAACGAAGACGGCGGUUGGAGCUCUCUGUAUCCUGACGACGUGCAAGAGCUUUCUCUUUUUUUUAGCUGCCCAGGGGAUAAUAUAGAAUAUAGAAAAGGAACCUUGACCAGAAGAUUGGCAUAAACUCCGUUUGUGGUAGUUGAAAGCAAUGGAUCAGCUUCCAGAACUCUAUUCUGUUUUCCAAGGAGAGGUUGCUUCUGUGACAGAAUAUGGAGCAUUUAUAAAAAUUCCAGGAACCCAAAAACAAGGCCUUGUUCACAAAAGCCAAAUGUCACACUGUAGAGUAGACAAACCUUCAGAGAUGGUGGAUGUUGGAGAAAAAGUGUGGGUGAAACUUAUAGGAAAAGAGAAGACGGAUGAGAAACUGAAAUUAUCUCUUUCCAUGAAAGUUGUUAACCAAGGAACUGGAAACGACUUAGACCCCAAUAAUGUUGUCCUUGAUCAAGAGGCACGGAAAAAAUGUUCCUUUAGAGAUUAUACCAGUCAAAAGAUCACUUUAGAAGCUGUUUUGAACACUGUGUGUAAGAAGUGUGGUUGUCCAGGUCAUUUCGCCAAAGAUUGCUUCAUGCAGCCAGGAGGGACAAAAUACACCCUUAUACCAGAGGAUGAACCGGUCCCUGCAGAAGAUGAAAAGAAAGCUCACCACUCUAUGAAGAAAAAGAAAAAGGAUAAAAAGAAAAAAAGGAAACGUAAGAACACAGAUUUGGAGGCUUCUGACAGCACCAAUUCCGACAAUGGGAAUCAGCCAGCUCGGAAGAAGGCAAAACGCAAGGAAAAAAAUAGUCCAUCUCGGAAAAGGAAAAAGCAUCAUCAUAAGAAAAAGCACAAGGAAUGAGAAAGAGAAACUGACUCUGGGCUGCAUGUGUUCUCAGUGCAAGUUGUGGCUUCCAUUCCCUCUGGUCAUCAGUUGGAAAAAGAACAACUGAACCACCUGGAUGCAUUAAGAUAAAAUGGUUUUUCCUUCUUUGAAAAUCACCUUUGUUUUUCAAGGAUUAUCACAAGGAUAGCUAUUCUCCUCCCAUAAAGUGGAAAGGAAGGAGCAACCUACCACUGGGUGGUACCUUGUCCCAGAUGUUCUUUCCGUUCUCCAUUCUUUAAUUUCUUCAUGCUUGGAUUUUAGCCAGCCUCUUUGAAGCAACCCAGAGCUAUCUUGCAGAAACUUGUAUGGAGCUGGCAAUUGGUGCAUUUCCUCACUUGGGAACAGUCUUGUGAUGACUCAGCAUCCGCCAGUUAUUAUCUGCCGACCAGCAGAAGGAACUGUGAAUGUACCCUCUCGCCCAACAGGGACACAUUGGUUGAAGAACAGAUCAUGCCACUGCAUUCCUGAUAUCCCAUUUGUCCUGUAAUACUAUAGGGGGAAGAAAUCGGGUACAGGACCAGUUGUCUUAAAAACCGAGAAACGAACCAAGUGUUCACCUUUGAACCAUGAAUAAAGUUUUGGUUUGUGGGAUUCCUUUUACUGUAGAUUUGGAUUUGGAGAAGAGACAAAAAUAAGAAGUUGUCUCACUUUCCUAUUAUGAGAUGUUUUAAAAACUAGGGUGUCAGCAUUUUUGUGUCUGGAACCUCACAUUUUACUCUGUUAGUUUUGGAAGCUGCAGGGGUGCAGUGAGUGACUUGCAGUGGGUGAUGCUGCAUUUUGGAAUUUAUUUUUCCCAGACUGGCUUUAAGAGGUGAAAUGAAGACUCCAGACCUCAGUGAGCCUUCAUAGAGCUAUUAUGCUCCCCUCGCCCAGAAGAGAAUUGCUUGAGUGGGGCUCAUAUAAAUGAAACUGAGGGUAGUGUGCUUCUCUUACACUGACUGUUAUUUUUAGGAUAGGGGUUCCCAACCCCCGGUCCAUGGACCGGCACCAGGCUAUGGCAUGCCAGCAACCAGGCCACGCAAACAAAUAAAUCCCCAUCCAUGGGGUGCAAGCAGCAUGCAAAACCACACCCUCUCCGGUCUGAGGAAAAACCUCUCUUCAUGGAAGUGGUCCCUGGUGCCCAAAAUGUUGAGGGCCGCUGCUUUAAGGCAUUGUUAUUUAGACAGGAAACUGUUGGUCAGUUCCAGGGCUCUAGUCUAAAUUGGGAAGUUGAAGAACAGCCUGGCAGAAAUCAGAGAUAACAUACCAGUACUGACUUCUGGUUAGGAAAAAACCCUAAAGCAGCACAAGUCCAUGAAAUACCAGGAGCCGACUUGAAAUAAUUUCCCCCCACACCUUAUAUUAUUUUAGUUAUUAAGAGUGCAGAGAUGCAGUCAGUGACAUAACCAUUGGCAUGCCAGCUUUUCUGUAUUAACCUGGCAACUUUGAAGCUUAUGUCUUAGUUAUAUCCUGUAUUUCUGCCUUUAGGAAAUCUAAGGCAACUUAUAUAAGGUGUGUAACUAAACUUUCUU